AUGCCGAAGGCGAAGACCGCCAAGAUCGUGCGCCAGCUCAUCGACCUGCUGGGGAAGACCACAGCCUUCCGGCUCCAGAUCGAGAUGUGCCAGGAUUGCAUCGAGUGGUGCAAGGAGGGAAAGCGCACCUUCCUGCGGCAGCGCGUCGAGACGCGCCUGGCGGGGCUCUACCUGCAGGAGUCGAAGUACCAGGAUGCGCUCGAGCUGCUGACCAGGCUGAUCUCGGAGGUCAAGAAGCUCGACGACAAGCUGCUCUUGGUCGAGAUCUUCCUGAUCGAGUGCCGUACCCACUUCGCUCUUCAGAACAUUCCCAAGUCGAAGGCGGCGUUGACCGCCUCGAAGACCAACGCCAACGCUAUUCACUGCCCUCCGCUUUUGCAGGCGGAGAUCGACCUGCUCUCGGGCGUGGUCAGCGCCCGCGAGAAGGACUUCCGCACGGCCUACUCCUACUUCUACGAGGCGUUCGAGGCCUUCAACGCCGGCGAGAAGGAGGACAAGGCCAGGAGCUUUGUGUGGGCCAGGAGGUCCAUGAAGUACAUGCUCAUGACCCAGAUCAUGCUGGGCCGCCCCGACGACACCAAGUCGCUCAUCAACAGCAAGACGGGCCUCAAGUACGCCGGGCCGCAGGUCGACGCCAUGGCCGCGGUGGCGGGGGCCCACAAGGAGCGGUCGCUGAAGAAGUACGAGCAGGUUCUCUCGGAUCACAAGGCCCAGCUCUCGGAGGACCCUGUCGUCGAGUACCACCUCGCGGACCUGAACGAGACGCUGCUGGAGCAGAACAUCUUGAGGAUAUUGGAACCCUUCAGUCGUGUGGAGAUCGUCCACGUGGCGGAGCUCGUGGAGAUGCCGUUCCCACGGACCCAGGCGAAGCUUCGGGAGAUGAUCCUUGACAAGAAGUUGUUGGGAACACUGGACCAGGGCAUCGGCGUCCUCGUCGUCUACGACAAGGAGGAGGUCCGGACGACGUACGAUAAUGCCCUCAAGACCAUCAAGAACACCUCGGAGGUCAUGGACACCCUCUACGGCAUAGCGAAGCAGGUGGCCUGAGCCAGGGCUCCCGGCGCGGGGAGGUUCGGAUGCAGCUCCUAGGAGGUCACAUUCUGACUCUGCCCUGGCCCUCAAUCUGGGCUUGACUCUCCCUGAUCCUUCCCGACGCGGGCCUCCCAGCAGUUGCUUCCGAGGGGAGGUGCAUGUCCGGGCGGGGUGCGCGGCUUCCGAGUUUUGAG